UUUGUUUUCAAAUUUCACGAGGCGAAACGCAAUAAGCAAUAAAAUGGAGUGUCGUGUUGCAAUUAACAGAUCCCGAUGAAUACAGUAAAACAUUUCGCCUAAUUCCCAGUAGGGUGCUUAGAAAUGCUUCAUGAAGUGGCGCGCGCACCCGAGCCGUUUUGAGCGGUCUUUACAACUAUGGUGGAGGACAGCUUCGAGGUGGAAGAAUGGGAUGCCGACUUCCUGGACCAGCUCGUCCAAGCCGAGGAACUUGCUUUGUCCACCCAGCGUCCUCGCCACGCGCCGUCGCAGCUGCCUCCGCCGCCGCCGUCGCUUCUGUCACCGACAUUUCUCCCGCACCCGGCUGCUCCGCGAGUACCGCCAUGUGACGUCAGUUACUCUCCUCCUCGCGAGCUCUCGCAGCGAACCCGUGAAAUCCCCCGAGCGGAAGACGUUCCUGAUUCCACUGGUUCUUUUGGUGCAAUUGCUAACCACUUUGCUAAGGAGCAAGAAAAUGAUAGGCUAAAGAAAGAACUUCAAGGCGUCUCAAAGCAACUUCAUCAACUGGAGCACGAAAUUUUGGAACUUAGAAAAGAAAAGGACAAAAAGGAGGAGGAGCUCAAAGUUUUACAAUCAAAGGUCGAGGCAAAAGAUGCGGAAUUUCAAAACACGAAGAAUGCUGAGAUUCCUACAGCUCCUGGGAUAUCUAUGGAGUGUCAAAAUGCAAAGCCGUCAAAUGAUAAGCUUAGUUCUUCAAGUAUACGUAGCUCAGAAAAGUUAUUCAACCUGUGGAACUCAGAUGAUCAGAAACAGGGAAAAACUCUAGUUGCAAAGCUUUUUAUGACUUGUGAAGCAGAUUUUCAUGUGCUAUUUGGAUACCUGAACUCUCCACAGAAAGACUUCAGUAGGGGUACCCAGACCACGGAAACUGCAAAAGUAUCGCACUUAUAUUCAGUCUUGACCAAGUUGCAGAUAAGUAAUGAUACAUCAAGAUUGGGGGAGCUGUUAAGAGCAUUGACUGAUCUUUGUAAUCUAAAGAAUGUUGCUAUUGUUCGAGGCUCUAUUCGUAUUCUGCACCAUCUUUUGAGUAAUUCUUUUAGCUUGGAAAAGGAAGAUUGUAAAAGGGAAAAUAUUAUUUUUGAAGAAAAAUCGCACAUAAUAUCUGAUACAAAUGGAAGUGAAGAUCCUGAAAGUGAAAGGUUGUGUUCUGCAAAUGUAGCCGAGAUGUUAAAGCAGGGUCGAGUUCUCUCUGGACUGGAAUUAUCCAAUAUUAAAAUCCCGGGCUGCAUUGGAUUCUUUGAUCAUAGAUUUGGGACAUCUAUAUCUGGAGCCUUUUGGGUUUCCCUCUUUGAGACUAUCUGUGCUGUUGCCACUGAAAACAAUGAAAAGCAAAUAAGGCGUGAAGCACUUUCAAUCAUGAAUCUGAUCCUCAUGAGACAGAAUGCGUAUUUGGAGAGAGACGGGUUUGCUGGGGAGCUUGUUUUUCGUAGUUUAUCAAACUUGUUGAGGAAAGAAGCUGGAUUUUCCGUGCAAGACCAAGCUGUUCAUACUCUCUAUCUGCUGUGUAAUUCUCCAAAAGUCGUACCUUUGCUUUGUUCCAAUUAUGAAGAAGAUGGAGCACUUGCAACUUCCAAUGAUAUUACCAACAGAAGUGGUUCAACUUUUAAUGGAUUGAAUGAGAUCUUAAUUGGCUUGGCCGAUUGUUUAGCUUGUUAUAGAAGUGCUUCUGCCGAGGUGAGCUUACCUUUUCAGCUUUUCAGGCGCUUGCAGUUUCAAGGUGAGAUGAAGCUUCGAAGAAAUGCUAUCUCUCUCCUGGCUUUCGUAGGAUCAGCAGGAAAAUCGAGCCUUGAGAUUUUGCUGAAUCAUAGGCUUCCAAAGGGCACCAACUUCCUUGUAAUCAUUUUGCAAAGCUUAGCAUCCGAUCUGGACCCUGAGGCAUUAAACUCUGCUAAACAAUCUGGCAUUGUUAAAGAACAGUGCUUGCUUAUUCGUGAGGCACUAAUCUUUUUGAACAGACUUGUGUCCCAUCCUGAUUACUCAGUACCUGUUUUGCAAGCAUUGACAGACACAAGGGAGCUUGCAAGCACGACAGUGGACAUUGCCAACAUUUUGACCCGUAAUAGCAAUUUGUUGUGGAAGGACAUUAGCUCGAAAAAACAUGUAAGGGAAUCCGAAAUCACGGACUUGGCUCGGGUGUUCAAAAAGCGAGUUUUUACGUUUCUUGGAGACAGCAUAUCGUGAGAGCCUGAUUUUUUUAUGGCAUUACGUUUCCUUGUAUUGAGUAUGUUAGAAGUGUAAUUGGUGUUUGGUUUUUGUAGAUUUUUGAUAUCCGACACAUGAAAAAACUUUCAUCCAUCCCCGUUAGUUUCACACAUCCAAGGUUUUGUAACGAUUUUUUUGGUAAAACUAUGACCUGCUCCUCAGCCCAAUGCAAUUUUUUUAGAGUACAAAGCAUUUUGGCUUAUCAACCAACAACCUUUUUUCCUUUUUUUUGGCGGUUAGGGAUUUCCUCAAUAUAGAGGUGAAAACUUUGAAUGGAUGUUGUUGUUUGGCCUUCGUUCAUAUAUACUCAUUUCUGUUUUUGGCAAAUAUCUGGUGCUAGAUAGUUGGAGCACGGGUAUCGAAUCGGAAAACAAGAAAAAAAUAUACAUAUAUAUAGUUUUAGUAUUUCAAGUAUAGCUG